CUUAGAGUAUAGUGAUAUAUCGAAUAAGCACAUAACAGCAUCACUGCCAGCCAUGUUGGCACCCUCUCCGUAACAGAUUUCAGUUGGUCUGAUCCACCAAUCAGAGAAAAUAAUUUUGUAUUUAACGCACGAGGCUUUUCAAUUCAGACAUGUCCAUGUGCGAGGACUCCCUCCUGUGUAAUUUCCCCAAGUGUCGGGCGGUUCUGACGGGCUUUGCCUGGGUGACGGCAUGCUCGCACGCGUUCUGUGACCAGCACGGCUCGGGUGAGUUCAGCCGCUCUCCCGCUAUCUGUCCCGCCUGCUCCUCAGCGCUCUCGGGGAAGCUGGACAUCGUGCGCACGGAGCUGGCCCCCUCUGAGGAGUACAAGGCCAUGGUGCUGGCUGGCCUGAGGCCCGAAACCGUACUGGACAUCAGCGGCCGAGCUCUCGCCUUCUGGACAUACCAGGUGCAGCAGGAGCGCUUGUAUCAGGAGUACAGUCUCUCUCGGGCAGAUGCUCAGGUGAAACAGAUGGAGAAGCUGCUGGCCCAGCAGAAUCAGACCAGAGAGCUGGAGCUCAACGCCAUGCGAGGGGAGAUCACUUCACUCAAAAAGGUGAUGGAGGAGUACAAGAGGAAGUACAGUGAUGUGUCAGAGCGGUUGAUGGAGAGGAACAGACAGUAUCAGAAGCUGCAAGGCCUGUAUGAUUCACUGAGGCUGCGCAACAUGGUGGGGGAGAGAGACGGGCGAGUCGCACCCCCCCAGUACAGCACAGGGGCGGGCAGACCAGCCUCUCCCGGCAGCAGCCCCCAGUUCCCUGGCUGUGACGGAGACAGGCUCUUCUCCUCUCUGGACCCAAACAACGCCAGGGGCUUUUUCCACUUCAGCACGCCUCCCCACCCCAAGGCCCGAGCCUUUCCCAGGAAGCAGUGAGGCAGGCGCUGUUCCGCUGCGUUAUGCAAAUACAGGCUGGAUUUGUGAAGCGUG